CUGAUGAAGUAGUAGUCUCAAUGAAAAAAGUCUUUGUAUCAGGUAUGGCGUAUGUGGCUUUAAGCAGGGUUCGUUCCAUAGCUGGUCUCCAGAUCACAGACUAUAAGCAGGGGUCGAUCUAUUGUGACGAGGAAUUGCAGGGGGCAAUCAGUGACAUGAAGCACUUCAAAUUUGUAUCUAAUCCAUUCACGAAUGUUGGUGACAGAUCUGAAAAUGAAGUCUCAAAAUUGAACAUUGUCCAUCACAAUACCGAAGGACUUGUAGCUCAUUUUAAAAGUCUGAAGUCGACGUGUUUGGUCAAAGCUGAUAUCAUAUGCCUGACUGAGACAUGGCUAUCAGAAAAUGUGCCAUCCUCUCAAGUGCAGUUAGAGAGUUUCAACAUGUUUCGCAAAGACAGGCCAGGACGGCGUGUUUGUGAGGAUGGUUCUAGUGCGACAAGUAAUGCCCCUCAUGGCGGUGUGGCUGUGUAUGUUCGUGAUGUAUACAGGUGCUCAGAAAUUCCCAUCCCAGAUGACAUCGGUCUAGAAUGUGUGGUUACCCAAGUUUCUGCUGAAGGCAUGGAUCAUAUUAUUGUAGCCAUUUAUAGAGCGCCGAAUGUACUCAAAGACCUGUUCAUAUCCAGUUUGGAGAAACUGUUGCAGCACUUGACUGCAGUGGAAAGAAACAACACUGUCAUACUGGGCGACUUUAAUGAGAAUUUACUGUCGAGUGAGGAUAACAAAAAGAUUCAGUCAUGUUUGAUGAGAAAUGGCUAUGAACAGUUGAUAGAGGCUCCUACGACUAUGAAAGGAACUCUCAUCGAUCAUGUGUACAUGUCAGCAUUAUCACAUGUUGUAAAUCAUGGUGUGAUACAGACAUUUUACAGCUACCAUGAUGCAGUAUAUUGUGUGUUGUGUUGUGCUCAGGUACCAGAGCAGUCAGAGGAUGAAGGUAGUACUUUAGUUGUUGUCAAGGAGUACAAUGUAGUUUGAUGCCGAGAUGAAUAUUUUGAUUCCUCUGUGAUUUGUGAGGAGGAAGGAAAAAGAGCUCCCCCCGUGAUUGGGGAGGAGGGUGGAAAACCACAAGCUUGUCCGGUGAUUGGGACAUGGGUGGAAAACCACAAGCUUGUCCGGUGAUUGGGACGAGGGUGGAAAACCACAAGCUUGUCCGGUGAUUGGGACAAGGGUGGAAAAAGUAACCCCUGGUGACUGGGGUAGAGACCCCGGUUAAUGGGGUAGAGACCCGAUGCAAGGGGUAGAUCUCAGGAAUGAAAAAAAAA